AUGACCCCUCCGGCCCCACAAAUAUUACUUGUGUCGGUUCGGCGGCGGCCGCAAAUUCCCCGACUCUCGGUACUCAAUGUUCUCUUCACUUUAAAAUGUUGUUGCACAAGACAUCUAUCAGAUAUCGGUAAAGCACCCCAAGAAAAUGCGCCGCACACAGUCUCUGCAACACCCAAACCUCGCAACAAACAGAUCAAGCAAGAUCUUGUUGCAGAGUUCCGAGACCUAAGACCAACAUACCUAGCACCAAAAGAUCCAGUUGUUUUAUGUCAUGGUCUCUUUGGGUUUGAUUCGCUGACAUCUAUCAAGUACUGGCGUGGAAUCCAGGAAAGCUUAGAAGCCAGUGGAGUGCAAGUAUAUACUGCAGCAGUAGCACCCACAGCAACCAUUGAAUUGCGUGCAAAGUAUCUGGAGCGUGCAAUUCUGUUGCAGAUUGUCAAGCCUUUACAAGACAAUGCUUGUGGAGCACCAUUAAAGGGUCCGAUAUACAUCAAUCUUGUGGGACAUUCGAUGGGUGGGCUUGACGCGCGCUAUUAUAUUUCCAAAUUAUUGCCACGAUAUAACGAGUUGGCCCGGCAAUCAGGACAGCCCGAACGUGCUUCAGAUACAGAUGAGUUUACUCGGUCAUUGGUACAGGCAUUAGAUUUAGGAUCUGGAGGAGGAGGAGGAGACGGGAAGCCUUGGACAAUUCCAAUUCCGGAGAUUUGUGUACGGUCACUGACUACGAUUUCAACACCACACCGAGGAUCAUCAUUUGCAGAUCACUUAAUGGCAUCGCCAUUAAGUCCUGCGCGUGUGCCAGGGUUAUAUAAACUUCUUCCAUCAUUGGGAUUUGAUUAUGCGUUUGAUCGAAACCCUUACUCCAAAUCAGGUGCUAUACUUCAAAACGAAGCUCAAGCACCAGCUGACGAAACCACAGGAGCGUUUCGACAGUUGACACGAGCAUAUUUAACUAAAACUUUUAAUCCAAAUGUUCCAGAUGACCCUUCGGUAGCAUAUUUUUCAUAUGGGUCUGCAUAUUGGCCACAAUGGUGGCACAUGAAUUUAUUUUUCGGACCUGCACAGAAGGUAAUUUAUUCAGAAGAGGGUCCGAAUGAUGGGCUUGUAAGUGUGGCCAGUGCACGAUGGGGGCAUUAUCUGGGGACAAUUGAAAAUGUGAACCAUUUGGAUCUGAUUAAUUGGCCAAACUCAUUUGACUUGAUGUGGGCACAUUUGAUUCAUCGCAAACCACCAUUCAAUGCCAUUGCAAUGUAUUUGAGCAUCACUGAUAUGCUUGCACGGGAAGGAUUUUAA